AUUCAAAGGUAUUACAUUUACUACGUAAGAUGCGAGGCAUGCCGUGAGAUUUAUCAGGCUUCCGCCCUAAACACUGCAUAUUUAGUUCGCAACUCGAACCUGACAGCGUGACAGUGACCGUGGCCCUGGUGGUGAGACGGAAGUGCAAGUGAAAACCACCGGCGAUGUGACGUCACACUGAAGAAAGUACCACCGUGGGCUCACUCCGCACCAGUAGUGGUCGGGCUACCGCGCGGCUCGCACGUACGCCAUGGACGAAUAAUAAAUCAACAAACAUGUCACUCCGCCGGUUAAUGAGCGCGGUGCGAUCGGCGCGAGAAGCCAUCAUGAGGGGCGCUCCGAUGGCCGACGGACUCUUCAAAUCCUUGUUAUCAGUUGUUGUUAUAUUCUGUAUCGCCGUCUCGUCGCCACAGUCGGCGUCUGCUAAGCCGUUCACGUUCAGUUUCCCUGCUGGAUGGUCGCUGGCGGGGCUGGUGGGCAGUGUGGGGGCGCGGGCCGAUGCCGCGGACAGAAGGGACCCCGCUGCAGGCGUGAAGCCGUACACUGGCAGACGCAUCGGCAACGACACACUCAGGAUGAUCUACUACCACGACCAGACGGUGGCUGUGGUGGAGCUAGGGCCCGAGAAGCUACUGCUCAACUGCGAGCUCAUUGAGACAUACGACGAGGACGACACGGCUCGUCUCUUACGACAGCUGAGCCGCAUCAACCGACCGCUCGGAGUCACAUUCCCGCAGAUGAUCAAGCUGAUGGCACAGUGUCAGCAGGUGGAAGGCGUGGAGGCGCACGAAGAGACCGGGCGCGCGAGCGAGUGGCGCGCGCAGCACUCGGGCUCGGAGGCGCGCGCGAGGCUCGACGCGGGCGGAGUCCACGCCGGCCUGCUCGGCGGCAGCCCACUCACUCUACUGCAGGGAAUUAUACCUGGCACAAAAUGGUGCGGCACCGGUGACAUAGCGGCCGACUACCACGACCUAGGCGCCGACAGGCGAUUGGAUCGGUGCUGCCGCACACACGACCUGUGUCCCAGCAAGGUGCGCGCCUUCUCGCGCCGGUACAAUCUGACCAACAACUCCAUCUACAGCAAAUCCCACUGCACCUGCGACGACAUGCUUUUCGACUGCCUCAAGGCCACCAAUACGUCCGCUUCGCACCUCAUGGGUCACAUCUACUUUAACUUAGUCCAAGUUCCUUGUUUAGAAGACUCGCACAACGGCCGACAGUUCCGCGACGCUAAACAAGGCUUUUGAUUUAGCGGCAUCUAGCGGCGAUUAGGGAAAUUAAAUAACAGCGCCAUCCUUGUGUAUUGCACAGAUAAUAAAUUUGCAUUUAUUUAUCGACGCCUAAAUUAUUCAACAUAUUUCUGUUUUGUAUCAAUGUGUAACUUUUUUUGAAAAUUUGUUAUCGUGUAUCGAAAAGAAAUAUUCCUAGCAAAAGUACGGAAAAAUUCAAAUGAUCAGUCGUUCAGGCGUCGAAAUUUUAUUCUUUUUAUCAGAGUGUAAAUAAUGUUUAAAUGAUAUCUAUUAUAUUUAUAAAUUAUUAUUUAACAUUAGACGCCCAACUGUGAUAAGUCUGUGCCUUUUAAUAUGAUAGUGUGUUGGUGGCGCUAUAGAAAUGUUGAACAAAAAUAAUAUUUUUAAAUAGCUCAUAAGUAAAUACGUGCAUCAUAACAAUGAUUUCGUACAGACAUCUGUGACAAAACUCUACUUAUAUGUAAAAAGUAAUUGUGUUUUAAUAAUGUAGAGAUUUUAAUGCGAGUUAAAAAUACCAAAUAUAAUUAUUUAUUUCAACAUGAC